AUGAGAAGCAUAACUCUUCUUUCGCUUUUUGGGGCUGCACUAGCUCAUCCGUCGGGCCUUUGGUGGGGUACCGAUAUCUGCUACACUAGUCCCGACAACACCAACAAUCAGUGCUCUGAUGCUCAGGCAAAAGGUUUUGACUUGUCUGAACUGGGCAAUGGUGACAAUUGGAGCUUCGAAGGCUUCCACUUCGUUGGGCUCGAGCCUAAGAAUGGCUGCCACGGAUCCAGCUACGGAGGCACUUGUCUUGGUGGAAGACUUUCUCGUGAUGAUAACUGGAAGAUCAAGAUUUCCGCCGACGAUGCGCCAUUCUCGAUCCGCAAUUUCCACUUGGCAACUUCCCGGAGCACUGACGUUUUCAUCAUCUACGAGAUGCCCGAUGGCUCUUCUUGCCGUCAUGUCGCUUCGAGCUCGUACAAGGGAACUGAUAUCGGCAACGACCAGUGCGGCGGUGCUGUCUCUGUCGAGUUCACGCUUCCCGAAGAGAGCAAAUUCGGUGAUUGUGAUAUCGAGAUCCACUCCAUCGACUUUGACUGCUCCACUGGAACCAAGACGCCAGGCAACCCUGUAGUUGAAACUCCGACCGUCGAGGUGCCUCAUGUGCAUUGGCCCUCUACUACACUUGAGGCUUCCACCAUCGGCUACCUUGAGCCGGAGCCUACCCCAACCUGGAUUGAUACUCUGCCUCCUGCUCAUUGGCCCUCUACCACGUGGGAAGCUUCCACCAUCGAUCACUUUGAUCCAGAACCUACCCCAAGCUGGACUGAUUCUGUGACCCCUGUGCACUGGCCCUCUACUACACUGGAGGCUUCUACUAUCAACCACUGGGAGACCCCUCACCAUCAUCACUCUGACCCUGCGCCUACCCCAAGCUGGGUUGACAUCCAUACUCCUGUGCACUCGUCUGUUGCUGUGGAUGUCUCCACAAUCGACCACUCCUCAUGGGAGAUGACGACUUCCACAGUCUGGACUACCCAGGAGUUUACCAUCACCAGAUGCGCACCUACCGUCACUGACUGCCCUGGCCACUCGACUGUAUUGGUUACCUCCACAUAUCCUUUGUCCACCACAGUCUGCCCGUCCAAGCCCGCCGAAACCGUUGCGAUUGAAACCAGCCCAACGGUUCCUCAUGUUGUGCACACGCAUCCCGCAGUUCCUACCCCCAUCAGCGCCACGACCGCGACCGCGCCCAGCCCGCCUCUCGUCACUGCGCCCUGCCCUAACGUCGUGCCCAAGUGCCUCAACACCUGGCUUUCCAUUCCCAAGUGUGACUCCAACAGCGAUGUCGCCUGCUUCUGCCCGUCCAGUGAAUUUACGGACAAGGUUAGCUCGUGCAUUCGGGCCUGGAGCGGCUCUAAGACCGAGGAGGAUUCCGCCCUUGCUUACUUCGCUGGCAUUUGCGCUCCCUUCGUACCGGAGAACCCUGCUAUCGUGGACAUCGCUUCAACCUGCAUUUCCACUUCUUCAAUCCACGCUCCUAGCACCGUUGCGGUUCCUCCCGUUCCCGGCAGCACUUUGAUUCCCCACGCUCCUGGUACAAUCGAUAGUCCUCACGUUCCUGGUACCAUUGACGUUCCCCAUGCCCCGGGUACCAUUGGCGUUCCUCACGUUCCUGACACUACUCCUGUUCCCCACGUUCCUGUUCCUCACCUGCCUGGUACCGUCAAUGAUCCUCAUGUUACCGGCACCGUUGCCGUUCCUCAAAUCACUGGAGCAACAGGGACUGUCGGUGUGCCUACAGCUGUCUCCUGGACUCCUUGCACCACCAUUAGCUGGGCGUCCCACACGGCGACCGUUCCCCUGGUUGAAUUCAGCACGGUCACUUGUUCCUCUACGACCUCUGUGAAUCUGGUCGUUGUUACUGCUACCAGUCCUCCUCAGAUUACCCACCCUGCCCACAAGUCCUCCUCGAGCAUGACAACUAGCUGCAAGACCUCCAUCACCUCCCUCAUCACACCGAUCCCCAAGCCCCCUGUGUCCAAGCCCACACUACUCCAUCCAAGCGAAUCUGUCGCAUUUGGUAAUGUUGGAUCGAAACUCCGUUUGUCUAGCUUCUGGGCUUUCGGUAUGGUUCUUUUGGCGCUUCUCUUCUAA